UAACUAACCCCGCCCUCCCGGGAGCAACAAGCUAGUUACCCUCCUGACUAUCACUGGUCUUUUUUUUCCACCGUCACGCCAUUUUCAUCGACGACCGAGAGGAACAAGCCAGCGAGAGGAUCGCGGAUAGUCUACACUGUGAAUUGCAUACAUUAAGUUUCAGUCAUGCACCGUGACUGUCCUCUUGACUGCAAGGUCUAUGUUGGAAAUUUGGGCAACAAUGGGAACAAGACGGAGUUAGAGAGGUCUUUUGGCUACUACGGUCCCCUCCGCAGUGUUUGGGUGGCCAGAAACCCCCCAGGCUUUGCCUUUGUAGAGUUUGAAGAUCCCAGAGAUGCAACUGAUGCAGUACGCGAGCUUGACGGAAGGAAUUUGUGUGGUUGCCGGGUCAGAGUGGAGCUGUCAAAUGGUGAGAAGCGCAGCAGAGCCAGAGGCGCUCCCCCUUCAUGGAGCAGACGUCCCAGAGACCGAGAUGAUUAUAGGCGUCGUAGCCCACCACCUAGACGAAGAUCGCCACGCAGGAGGAGCUUCAGCCGCAGCCGAAGCAGGUCUUUCUCCAGAGACAGGAGGAGGGAGAGGUCCCUUUCACGGGACAGGAACCAUAAACCUUCGAGGUCUUUCUCACGAUCUAGGAGCCGCUCCAGGUCUGCAGACAGGAAAUAAGAGUGUCUGUGAGGCCUAAAGGGAGCUGAAGAUGAACGGUUUUACAAGCGUGGCCGUUUCGUUUGUUGGAUUUAAACCUGGCCAACAUGGUCAUUUUUGUGUUGAGUUUUUUUUAAACAAUCAAGCAUUUUAGUGUCCCUCCCCCUUUCUUGUUAUAGUUAUACUCAGUUACAUCAAGUGGGUGUGUUCAAGUGUGAAGUCACGUCCAUCUUGUCUGUCCUGAAACAUUUGUGCCACCCAGCAUUCCAGUUUACCAGUUAAUCUCUUAAGAGCUUUGGUUUGUCAAUGAAUGUACUGUGUAGUUUGACGUAGUGUUAGUAGUUCCUCAUUUUUUUCCAUUGUGUAAACGCCAGCAUUUUGUUUUUUCUUUUUAAAGGAAAGGAUGGGAUGGUUUAUAACUGCAGUCCCUCCUAUUGAUUGUCUCUAAAUCCAACCUAUUUUCAUUGUGCUACUUUCUUACUUCAUACUGAAGGUUUCUGUCAGUUUGUGGUUGGUUGUGAUAAAUGCACCCCCUAAUUCAAAAUGCAAAAAUAGAGCAUUGAGUUAUAAGGUGUACUGAACACACAGUUUAAUUUUUGUCUUUGAAAUUUUCUUUUGUUUGAUACUCUGUGAAAUGGUCUCGAUUAAAAUUCUGGUUGCUCAAAAAUA